CUGCGUACACUCAGAAAGACAAUCCAGUCGGGAGAUCCUCGAGCUGACCAACAGAAGACCACUGAAGUAGUUCACUCCGCUGAUUUUCUUCAGUCACCCACUCAGUCAACAUGAGCGGUCCUUCGGUCAGUGCUUUCAACUAUGGCGGCGGCUUCAGCGGCAACACCACGGUGGUCGACACCGUCCUGCCUGAGAUGCAGCAUCUCGUGGAUCCUCACUGGUACCAGUUCCCUCCCCUGAAUCCUCUGUGGCACGGUCUUCUGGGAUUUACGAUCGGCGUGCUUGGAGUUGUUUCCUUCUGCGGCAAUGGAAUGGUCCUCUACAUCUUCGGCAGCACCAAGAACCUGCGAUCCCCCUCCAACCUUCUGGUCAUGAAUCUCGCCCUGUCUGACUACCUCAUGAUGAUCACCAUGGCUGUCCCAAUGGUCAUCAACUGCUAUUACGAAACCUGGGUUCUCGGACCUCUCUUCUGCGAAAUCUACGGAAUGUUUGGCUCUAUGUUCGGCUGCGGAUCCAUCUGGACCAUGGUGUUCAUCGCCUUCGACAGGUACAACGUCAUCGUCAAGGGCAUGUCCGGCACCCCUCUGACCAACAAGGGAUCCAUGCUGAGGAUCUUCUUCAUCUGGGCCCACUCUGCCGCCUGGACCAUCGCUCCGUUCUUCGGAUGGAACAGGUACGUCCCUGAGGGCAACAUGACUGCUUGCGGCACUGACUACCUGAACAAGGAAUGGUUCCACCGCAGCUACAUCUUAGUCUACGCCCUCUUCUGCUACUUCAUUCCCCUAUUCGGAAUCAUCUACGCUUACUUCUUCAUCGUCCAGGCCGUCUCUGCCCACGAAAAGUCGAUGAAGGAACAAGCCAAGAAGAUGAACGUCGCCUCCCUCAGAGCCGAGGACAAAGCCCAGAGCGCCGAAUGCAAACUCGCCAAGAUUGCUUUGAUGACCAUCACCCUUUGGUUCAUGGCCUGGACUCCCUACCUCGUGGUCAACUUCACUGGAAUCUUCGACGGCAAGGCCAUCACGCCCCUCGCCACAAUUUGGGCAUCCGUAUUCGCAAAGUGCAGCACUGUGUACAACCCAAUCGUGUAUGGCAUUAGCCACCCGAAGUACCGUGCUGCCUUGUACAAAAGGUUCCCCAGCCUGGCGUGCAACGCGUCAAGCGACGACACCUCCUCAGCUGCCUCUGGAUCGACCCAGUGCGGUGACGACAAGGCCUCCAAUGCCUAAGAAUUAGGCUUCUCUCCGAUCUCCUCUCCUCACGGAUGGACGACUAUGACGGAAUUGCGCGCACCAACGAUGAACUGAUGUCUGGACGAAUGCUACCCCUGCAUUAGUCUUUGCACUUAUUUUUUCUAUAAAAAACACACAUGUAGUGAGCUUAACAGCUCUCCGGAGGAUAGUUAUAACUAUUCAUUUUCACUCAUCUCUAUUUUAGCUCUGUAAUAAAAAACCGAAUAAAACUGCAAAACUGCACUUAAAAUAAA